AUGGAGAAUUUCACGAUUGAAGAAGAGACUUACUCACUGCUCACGGAGCUUCGUGGAAGAGAGCUUGUGUCUUUUGCCCUAUCCAUCCAAGAACCGGUCAGCGAUUACCAAAUCGAGCUUUACAUCUUUACGUCCUUACUAUUGGUGCAGAAGUUUGGGCAUCCACCAUUUGCAAAAGCAGCGGAGAAUUUCAGCCGAGUUUGGUCAAACAAGCCAUCAAACGAUGUACACGAGCAAAGUCGAAGGGCAGCUAUUCAUUCUCUUGCUAAAGAUCGCAUGCAUGAACUCGAAGCUCUCUGGACGAAGCUUAUUGAGAGUCGUGAGUUGAUCAUGCUGUUCUACGACGUUUACUCAAAGGAGAAAGACCUCGAUCACUUGCAGUGUGCCAUCGACGCUACUCGAGCUCUUUUAGAGACUAUACCAAAAAAAUACAUGUUUUGGGUCGAUAUCGCAGAGUCAUUUUAUCACUUACUCAUGGAGAAGUACAUCGCAACAGGGGAAGAACAGGACUCCAAGCGCGCACAAAAGUACAUGGAUGAGGCAGUUUACGAUAUGCGGGGCCAUAUCAGGGAAGACGAACUCCUCUUCAACCUUGCCCACCACACGCUGAAAGGCUUCGCCGAGAGGGACAAGCCUGUCCUUCUUGAUCACGCCAUAGACUUGUGUCGAGACUCUAUCCGAGCCACCAGAGAAGACAGUACACAGCUCGCCCAUCGAAUGAGCUUUCUGGGAGAGCAACUCGCGAGAAGAUCUAGAAAGACGGGCUCCGAGGAUGACCUAAACGAUGCUAUCCAUGUCUUGAAAGAAAAUCUAGAGAAUGACCCAGAGCCAGAGUCUGACCAUUUUGACUUUCGAUUUAUACUCAGUCACUGCCUUAUACAGAGAUCACAGAAGAAUGGAAGCGACCUCGAUCUUGAAGACGCGAUUGGUGUCAUGACGAGGCUGCUGGAUUUGACAGACAACGCUCACUCUGACCUACCCUGGUACAUCGAAAUAUUAGCCCAUCUCCUGCACUCCAGAUACCUGAAAAAGGGUGAUGCUACCGACCUUGAUCGUUCUAUAGAUCUUCUAGACCGAGCGGUCAACAUACACCCUGCUGAGGCCGUUUUGAGAAGUCAUUUGGGCGAGUGGCUUGGGAAGCGGUUCACCCUCACAGGAUCAUUGCCUGACCUUGACCGUGGGAUCAGUCUUGCCAAGAUGGCCCUUGAAUCUGCUUCUGGUAACUCUGCAUACAAGAUCCUCUUAGCUAAUUUACUCAGAGAUCGGUCUGAGGCAACUGGGUGUGAUGAAGACCUGGAACAGGCUAUCAAACUGGCUAUAAGCUGUCUUAAAUCUAAAGACAACGAAGACGAAUGGCAAUCUAGCUUUCAUUAUAGCAGCCUUUCGGUUAUGCUACACGAUCGAUAUAAGCGAAUUGGGGAACUUGGCGACCUCAAUCAGGCUAUCGACCUUGCCAAAACAGCAACUGACCUGCAACCCCGGGAAGGCACCUAUCUCAACAGGCUUGGUGGGUUCCUCGCCGAAAGAUACGUUAGGACCUGGGAAACGGAGGACGUUGACCUUGCGACUCAAGCACUCGAAACAGCAAUAAGUCUAGAGCCUCGAACAGGGAGCUAUGGGGCAGAAGUUCAAUGGAUGAAUACUCUGAGCAACAUUCUACUACGGAGAUAUGUGCAAAUACAGUCAAAAGCAGAUCUUGAUCGCAGUAUGACACUUGCUAUAGGAACAGCUAGGUCUAGCGGCCCCGAUUCCGUUCACCAGGGCGCAUACUGGCACUCGCUCGGUUCCAAAAUAUUAUACCGAGCGCGUCAAGAAGGCGGCACUAUCCAAGAUGUUGACCUUGCUACUCAAUUACUAGGAAAGGCGUUAACGCUCAUCCCUCCCGGUCACCCUCGUCGCGUCGAUACCCUUCUUGUAAUGGCUGAAGCGCGCAUAGACAAAUACAAGAGGACGAGAUCGGAAGAUGAUAUAAGACUUAUGCUUUCGGAUCUGAUGGAAUGCUGGAAUUGCCAGGCUGCCCCUCUUCAUCUUCGGAUGAGAGCUGUCGGCGACGCGGCCGAAGCUCGCUCAAGGGAAAACAUGCGAGAAAGCUGUGAUUUACUCCGAGAGGCCAUUGAACUCAUUCCACGAUUAUGUCCCCGAUCAUUGCCAAAUAGCGACAAACAAAGCAUACUUACAAGCAUCGCGAGGCUAGCCUCGGCUGCGGCGUACUAUGCCUUACGGUCAGGAGAGAAACCUGAGUCAGCAUUGGGACUUCUUGAAUCUGGUCGCAGUAUUAUCACCAAUAUUCUUAUGAAUAUGCGAGUCGAUACCUCAGAUCUGAAAGAUAAACACCCCGACCUUGCAGAUCGAUUCAGUUCGCUGACAGAUACAUUGGACUCUGUUGCUAAUGCAACGGAAUCGUACGGUCCUAUGAAAGUUCUCCAGCCCGAGCAAUGGGAGUCGCAUGUUAAACGACGUCGCGAAGCGGAUAUUGAGUUCACCAAACUCAUUGAUGUUAUCCGCUCAAAACCAGGGUUUGAAUCUUUUCUCUUGCCAAUGACGGCAGAAGACCUUAAGGCCGCUGCGAAUCCAGACCCAAUUAUUGUUAUUAAUAUGAACGUUCACACGUCUGACGCAUUCCUGAUAGAAUCUCAUCAGAUUAAAUGGUUGCGUCUACCUGAUCUUACAAUACCAGAGACCCAAAGGCGGGUCGCUGAGCUGAGACGCUCGUUUCAUUCUGACUCCUAUGACAUACGACCACUACUAGAGUGGCUUUGGACAGUUGUUUGCUCCCCUUGUUUAGAGGAGCUUGGAUUUACUGGCCCAGUAUCAGAUGGGAACUGGCCUCGAGUAUGGUGGGUUCCUACAGGAGAGCUAUGCCAGCUUCCGUUACAUGCAGCAGGCAUACAUCAGCGCGGCUCGACACAAACGGUUUUGGAUAGGGUCAUGAGCUCUUACGCUGUAUCAGUACAGGCUCUGAGACACGGUAGACAACUUCGCAUUCAACCCGCAAGCAAAGAGAGGGCUGAUAACCAAGCACUCCUCGUCGCUAUGCGCGAAACCCCGGAACAGAUCAGUCUUCCAUCGGCUGAAACGGAAGUAAAUGCCCUCUCCAGCCUUUGCCCAUCACUCAACCUAGCCCCUACUACGCCAAAACGCACAGAACGCACAAAGAAGAUUAUUUUGGAUCACAUUCGUCAGUGCUUUCUGUUUCAUUUUGCUGGGCAUGGAGAAUCGGAUUCACAGGACCCCUCAAAAAGCUGUUUACUCCUGGAGGAUUGGCAAAGCGAUCGCUUAACUGUAUCCGAUGUCCGGGACUUGAAGCUUCAGAAAAGUCCGCCUUUCCUAGCCUAUCUCUCUGCUUGUUCCACAAGCUCUAAUGAGAAGAGCACACUACUUGAUGAGGGCAUCCACCUUGUUAGUGCUUUCCAGCUGGCUGGCUUUCGUCACUCUGUGGGCACGCUCUGGUCGGUUGCUGAUAAGGAAUCUGCUGACAUAGCUCGAAUUCUGUAUGAAACUCUGAGGCGGGAUGGAAUGACGGAUCGGGCAGUCUGUCAGGGCCUCCACGAAGCUGUACGAGAGUUGAGACAUCAGCAGAUAGACGGGGAACACUAUUCAAGAGAUACAGAAUGGCCGUUUAAGCCAAGGGCUGUGCUGAAUCGACCGAAGCAGCUUUGGGUUCCUUAUGUACAUUUUGGAGUUUAG